AUGCGGCUUUUGACCGAAUGUGUAUCGGACCUCGAUAUCCGUGACAAAGAAGGCUAUACGCCUCUCGCAGUGGCCGUCAGUAAGAGCAACAAGGAUGUUGCCAGGUACCUUAUCGAACAAGGUGCCAAGGUCAAUUGCUUUGCUCCCACAUAUGGAAGCAUUCUCCAUCUAGCCAUCAGAAAAGGGGAUCUAGAUCUUGUCAAACUUCUUCUGAAAUCAGGUGCAGACCCUGAGAUGGUAGACACCGACUACGGAGAGUCCCUCGUGUACACCGCCCUCGGCAUUGAAGACUCGACGAAGCUCUACAAGAUGAUACGAUAUCUGGUAGAGGAAGCAAAAGCGCCUGUCGACAGGAUGGGAGGGAAAUUUGCAUACGCCAUCGUACGAGCUGCGCAUAUGACAAAAGUAUCUCCUGAGGUGGGCACUAGGAUGUUGAAAUUCUUGAUCAGACACAAGGCUCGACUGAGCGUUACUGAUCACCAGGGCCGUCGUGCUGCGCAUUUUGUUUGCACCUCUACGUCUUCUGAUGGUAUCAAAGCUCUGAUCCAAGGCGGGGAGGACAUGCAAGGUCAUGACACGUUUGGCCGUUUGCCCAUUCACUUUGCAGCGUCAAACCCAGACCCUAGCUGUUUUAAUUAUCUCCUUGAUGAGUGUAACGAAGUACACGCCAAAUCCGUGAAUACCAAGGACAACGAUGAGUGGACGCCUUUGAUGUGGGCAGCACGGUCCGGCUCUAUCGCCACAGUCUACACUUCUCUGGCAAACUUUGCCGACCGCCCUCCGUCGCUCCUCGAGCAGCUUGUGCCCAAGAAGCACUCGAGGAUCAAGGAAGACGGCAGUGAGGAGGAGUGGGAGGACUCUCUCCACAGGGUCCAGACCGGUGACAAGAAAGAUACCAUAUGCAAUAGCUGUCUUGUGGGUAUAAUCGGGCUGUGCUGGAAGUGUAUCGAAUGCAAGGACGACUUUUCCCUCUGUUUCAAGUGUUUCGUUCGCAGAUCUGAUUUCCACAACCCGGAGCAUAAUUUUGAGGACAUCGGGCCACUGUAUCAGGAAGAUGAACCUGAGGCAGAGAGUUUAGAGAAUUCCGAAAAAGAGGAGGCAAGUCGCGACGAGCAGGAGCCGGCUUCAACCGAUGCUGUUGAGAUUGACCUUGAUGAAGUCGACCUCGAGGACUUUGACUUGAGCUUAGAAGAUGACAGCGACUAG